CUGAAACAGGCAAUAGGGCAAAUUGAUAAAAUUCGCAUUUCACCAAGCUGAUAAAGCCAUGUUCUCUAGGUACAUCGCAUUUCAAUAUCUUUACUCAGAUUGAAACAGAUCUCGAAGGUUGUAUCUAAUUCGAUCAGUUCAUUAGUGGAUUGCAUAAACACAAAUUUGAAAAAAGGAAACACGGGAUCGCGAUCGUUUAGAAAGCAUGGCAGACAGUAGACGACGUCAAGUCAAGCGUCAAAAUAGAAUGUCCUCAGAAAGUGGUAACAAGAAGAGGAAGCUUACAUCAUCAAACAGGUCAACACUAGAAAUUAGCGAUAGUGACGAGGAUAUUAUCGACAAAGAGAAGAAUAGGAACGGUAAUAUAAAAGAUUUUUAUAACGAUGAUGAUCGUGAGAAGUCGGAUGAUGCCGAUAAUGAAGAUGGCGAGGGGGAUAAUGAUGAUCGUGAGAAGUCGGAUGAUGCCGAUAAUGAAGAUGACGAGGAGGAUUAUGAUGAUCGUGAGAAGUCGGAUGAUGCCGAUAAUGAAGAUGACGAGGAGGAUAAUGAUGAUCGUGAGAAGUCGGAUGAUGCCGAUAAUGAAGAUGACGAGGAGGAUAAUGAUGAUCGAGAGAAGUCGGAUGAUGACGAUAAUGAAGAUGACGAGGAGGAUAAUGAUGAUCGAGAGAAGUCGGAUGAUGCCGAUAAUGUAGAUGACGAUGAGGAUAAUGAUGACGAGAAGUCGGAUGAUUCCGAUAAGCUUCUAAAACGUUAUAUUUUAUGGCAUGCUAUGAGAGCAGGUAGAAAACCAUUAAAGAAAUAUCCGGCUGAAAACGAAUCGAAGUCUAAGUUGGACAGUGUACUUCAUGAUUUAAUGGACAUCUGCGAGAGUCGAGCAUGGGACCCUGACUUCAGGAAGGACAUAAAGAGAUAUCCAGUGUAUGAAUUUGAAAAACGUCCGAAAGAGGAGGCAAAUAUGUUCAAGAGAAAACGAUCAUCCAGGAACACAGGGCCACCAGAGUGUGGCAAUUGUCAGGUAUGCAUACGUCCAUGGUCAUAUAUAGUUACACUAGAAGGAGCACCGUAUCACAGAGAUUCUUAUAGAGAGAAAAUCAAUAAAAAUGGCACAUCAAAUGUACACUCAGGGCCUGUCGAGUAUUACAUGGGAAGUGCGUGCUUUAAAAGGACCUUGCUAUUUCAUGACAUCUGCCAUUUUGGGUUUCAUCUUUAUAGACAAUGCAAGAAAUUGAUUAAGAGGAUGGGUGAGAACAAAGUUAAAGAAGUGGCUAAUGAUAAAGACUUGUUCAUUAAGAUGUCUUCCAAAUUGAAGAGGUUAGAGCAGGACACACGAAAACUAAAAGCGAAAAACAUGUACUCGUGGAGACAUCCGAUUUACCCAUGGAGACAUUCGAUUUUCGGCCUUUCAUCGACUGAAACUCUGUAGUGAAUAUAAUCCUGACGCUGACAUUUGUUUGUGUAUAUAUAUAACGAUUUUAGUUGUCGCAAUAUGUCUGAGAAACGAAAUUAUUUUCAUUCUGAAUAAAUGUCAAACAUUAAUUUCACAAACUUUAAAUUACGUUGCAUGCUUAUUCAUGGCCUGAAGAAAGUAGCACUGAAUGCGAAUAGAAAUUAAAUGUAAUUUAAAUUGUAUUUUGAGUUCCAUUCAAACUACCAAUCAUUAUAUUAAUGUACUAAUUGGCAAAAGCAACAGUUGCAAAAGAUGGUUCAGGUAACUGGCCAACGUAUAAAGUUCUGGAAAUUAUAAAAGGAAAAUUAAAAAAAAGAUUUUCAGAAAUAAAAAUAAAAGCUAGCAUAUCGGAGAGAUAAUUGGCCGUUUUUUUACACUUGGGGACCAUAUGCCGCUUUUCAUGGAAUGGCACUAAUGUGUCACAUUGAAGGUUCCAUGAUAACUUUCAUAUAAACACAUCUGCGGAUGUUUCAAUAUUCCAAAUUUUUCAGAUCAUGUUAAAUGUAAAACACUGCUUAAUCCGGCGCCAGGGGGCGUAUACGGUAACUUGCACAUUCUAUUUUCGUCCAUGAACAGGACUAAUCAAACCGAGCGUCCAACAUUGUCAAUGUUUUCGUUUUUAUACGUUUUUAAGGAUUCUUUAUUUCUCUCUGUUUUUUUUAAAAAAAUCACGUUACUACAUUUAAAUAACUUAUGAUUUCCCAUACCUUUAUUUUAUGCAUUCAUUAUUGUCUCAUUAUUUUUAUUUGUUAAUUUUUUAAACCUUUAAUUAGUUACUGAAACAUAAAUUGCUUAAAGCAGAACAAUAUUUAUUUGAAAACCACACAACUAAUAUAGAGAUAAAUAAGAAUCCCUAAAACAUGCCUAAACGGUAAAAUUGAAAAUGUUGCAGGCUGUUUUGAAUUAGCCUGUACAUGGACGGUACUGUCUUGUUCAAACUAUCGUCCACAUCCCCUAACACUGGCUUACGCAGAAUUCAACAUUUAAACAUGAAAAUGGUGAAUGUUUUAUCUUAGAAACCUUUUCAGAUGUGUUCUUAAAGCGGUUAUCAUGGAACCUUGAAUGUGGCACAUUUUAGUCUGACUUUAGAAGGGGGUUCACUGCGCUAUUUUUUUUAACUGGCACAUAUCUAAGAUUCCGAGUGUGGUUACAUAUUUUUUACGGAUAACCCUUACGGCGUUUUUGACCAUUUGUAUUGUUUUAGUCGAUGUCAUUAAAACUUAUCUGAGAAAAUUA